CGAGUAUCGCCGGAACAAACCCAUGAUUGCACAGGAAUGAAAGCAGCAAACUAAACGAAAAACAAAGCCCAUCCUUUAUAUUUUAAUUUUGUGUUUAAUUCUUAGUUAUUGAAAUACUAACUAUAGAAUUGCAGAACAAAUGAGAAAAUGAUACUACUUUGUGUUUGAGAGCUGACUUUAUGGUUAUUACGUCAUUGAUUCCACCCGGUUUGUUUUAUCGGCUGUACAGUAACAGCUAGCUACAGAAACAAAACCUCGAACACCGCACAAAGAGAACUUCUCUUCUGAAAUUUUAGACCUUAAAUUAAAAACGGGAAAACUUUGCGGUCAAGAUGGGAGUGCCGAAAUUCUAUCGAUGGAUUUCAGAGCGGUACCCUUGCCUUAGUGAAGUUGUCAAGGAACAUCAGAUUCCUGAGUUUGAUAACCUCUACCUGGAUAUGAAUGGCAUCAUCCACCAGUGCUCCCACCCCAAUGAUGAGGAUGUCCAUUUUCGUAUCUCAGAGGAAAAGAUUUUUGCAGACAUAUUUCACUACCUGGAGGUGCUCUUCAGAAUCAUUAAGCCCAGGAAAGUGUUCUUCAUGGCUGUAGAUGGGGUCGCUCCCCGAGCAAAGAUGAACCAGCAGAGAGGCAGGAGAUUUAGGUCGGCCAAAGAGGCUGAGGAGAAGAUAAAAAAAGCUCUGGAGAAAGGCGAGGUCCUACCCACAGAGGCCCGCUUUGAUUCCAACUGUAUCACCCCGGGGACGGACUUUAUGGCCAGGCUACAGGAGCAACUCAAGUACUUUGUCAACAGCAAACUGUCCACUGACAAGGCCUGGCAGGGAGUCAGUGUCUACCUGUCUGGACAUGAGACACCAGGAGAAGGAGAGCAUAAGAUCAUGGAGUUCAUCCGCUCAGAAAAUGCCAAGCCGGGCCAUAACCCAAAUGUGCGUCACUGUCUCUACGGCCUGGACGCUGACCUGAUGAUGUUAGGUCUGACCAGCCACGAGCCACACUUCUCGUUACUCCGAGAAGAGGUCCGCUUCGGGGGGAAGAAAAACCAAAAAAGAAUAACAGCGCCAGAGGAAACAACUUUCCAUCUACUCCACCUCUCUUUGUUUAGGGAGUACAUAGACUAUGAGUUCUCUGAAGUGAAGAACAAGAUCUCUUUUGAGUAUGACCUGGAGCGAAUCAUUGACGACUGGAUCUUGAUGGGUUUCCUUGUGGGAAAUGACUUCAUCCCGCACCUUCCUAAUCUCCACAUCAACCACGAUGCCCUACCUCUGCUCUACCGGACCUACAUCACGGUACUACCGACACUGGAUGGUUACUUGAACGAGAAUGGCCACCUGAACCUGGUCAACUUUGAGAAGUAUUUGGAGAAACUGUCAGAGUUUGACAGAGAGCACUUUAACGAUGUGUUUGUGGACCUGAAGUGGUUUGAAAGCAAGGUGGGCAACAAGUACCUGAACGAGGCAGCCGGGCUGGCAGCAGAAGAAGCCAAGUCUAAGAACUCCUGGAGGAACGACCAGGACGACACUCUGUGCCUGGCUGCUCUUGAUGAGGAGAAGGACAUAGUCCCCAGCAGAGGUUUUGAGGAGGAUGGUGAGGAGGAGGAUAUGUUUGAGGCUGAGUUUCGACAGUACAAACGCACCUACUACAUGACCAAGAUCGGGGUGGAGGUCGUCUCAGAUGAGUUUCUAGCCAACCAAGCAUAUUGCUAUGUGGAGGGAAUCCAGUGGAUCCUUCACUACUACUACCAUGGAGUCCAGUCAUGGAGCUGGUAUUACCCUUACCACUACGCCCCUUUCCUGUCAGAUGUAAGGAACAUUUCCCAUCUGAAGUUGACCUUUGACAUGGGCAAGCCAUUUAUGCCGUUUGAGCAGCUCCUGGCAGUCUUGCCUGCUGCUAGCAAAGACCUGCUCCCAGAAUGCUACAGGCACCUGAUGACAUCAGAGAAUUCUAGCAUCAUUGAAUAUUACCCUCUAGACUUCAAGACAGACCUUAACGGGAAACAGCAGGAGUGGGAGGCCGUCGUGCUCAUCCCCUUCAUCGAUGAGAGAUGUCUGCUUGCUGCGAUGGAGCCAUACAGCAAUCACCUGACAAAGUCUGAGAAGGCUCGUAACUGCCACACAGAGUGUGCUGAAUACCGCUAUGACGCCGGGGUCGACCACCCCUACCCCUCCACCCUGCCUGAACUGUUCCCCAACAUCACGCACUGUCAUGUCAGGGCAAUGCUGAUUCCCAUGGAUGCGUGGCACGUUCCGCUGAGCCACGUGGGACGCUCCAUCAACAGCAGCCAGCUCUACUUCUGCGGCUUCCCCACUCUGAAGCACAUCAGACACAAGUUCUAUAAGAAGAAGCAUGGAGUGGUGGUGUUCCAACAAAGCAGCCGUGGUGAGAACAUGAUACUUGAGAUCCUGCUUGAAAAAGAGGAGCCGGUUUGUGGUGACGUGGCCUCCCAAGUCCUCGGUCGCUCUGUCUUUGUGAACUGGCCCCACCUAGAGGAAGCUAGGGUGGUGGCAGUAUCUGACGGGGAAAGCAAGUUCUUCCUGGAUGAGCCUGUGGCGAUGCAGAAGUUGUAUGACAGGGGCUCUUCGCCCCCCACCAAGGUCAUCUACCUCAGUGAUAAGGAGCAGAAGGACUGGGUGAAGGAUGUCCAGGGCAUCAUGGAACAUUUUGGGAAGCGUAAGGGCAUCAUAAUCAAUGAGACUGUGGUGGUGUUGUACGGCCAGCUGCUAACAGGCAGGAAGUAUGUCCCAGGACCAAAUGGACAGGUUCACCUGGAGAAACAGUGGGCCAAACAAAUCCUGCCUUUCGCCUACCAAACCAUCGUGAAGGACAUCAAGGCCUUUGACUCAUCAUCGUCUCACUUCAAGACCCUGGAGGACCUGUUUCCCCCAACUACCACAGUGUUCAUGGUCGGGAACCCCUACUACGGUGCCAUGGGAGAGGUGCAGGAGUCCAGUGAUGUCAUCAGCGAAGGACGGGUGCGAGUUGUCUUUACGGUGCCUUGUGAACCUCAGAUGGAAGCGUUGAUUCAGAACCAGCACAAAUACUGUGUUAGGUACAGCCCCGGCUAUGUCCUGGCCUCUCGGCUUGGCAUCACCAGCUACCUCGUGUCCAGGUUCUCUGGCAGUAUUUUCAUUGGCCGGGGAUCCAAAAAGAAUCCCCAUGGGGAACAGAAGGCUAAUGUGGGUCUGAACCUAAAGUUCAAUAAGAAAAAUGAAGAGGUGCCUGGUUACACUAAGAGGACAGAGAAGGAGUGGCUAUACUCAGUCGCAGUGGAGGAACUUCUGGCCGAGUACUUGGAAAGGUUUUCUGAGGUGUUUGACUUGGUUUCCCGAAACAGUCAUGAUGAUGUCUUUUAUGAGGAUGACAUCUGGCCUGGAGAGGAUGACAACGGAGCGGAUAAGGUUAAGGAAAUCACUUCCUGGUUGAAGACCCAUCCAGUUGCCGAAAUCGCUCGCGCUUCAUGUGACCUGCAGAUCCUGGAUUCUGCUAUCGUGGCGCGAAUUGAGGAGGAGGUGGAGAAGGCAAAGGUAAAGAAGAGCACCAAGAAAGUGCGUGUGACUGUGAAGCCACAUUUGCUCUUCAGGCCCUUAGAGCAGCAGCAUGGUGUGAUCCCUGACCCGGAUGCAGAGUACCACCUCUUUGACCGAGUGGUCAAUGUCAGAGACGGCUUCUCCGUCCCCCUCGGCCUCAGAGGAACCGUCAUUGGUAUCAAGGGAGCUGAUCGUGAGGCGGAGGUGUUGUAUGAGGUUGUGUUCGAUGAAGAGUUUGCUGGUGGACUUACUAUCAGGUGUACCGCAGGCUGUGGUUACCGGCUGCCUCCCUGUGCCUUAAUUAACAUCAGCCACGGCGUACGCGUUGACCAGGGCUCCCACAAACUCACUGCCAUUGUCAAGCCCCAGCCGGCUUCCUCCUCCCAACACCAUAGCCAGGACAAAGGCCAGUUGUCUGGGCUCAACCACUCACCAAGAUCCCCCUUUGUACCCACACAGCAGCAGAACGGCAGACAGAACGUAGUCAGAGCAGACACUCAGGGCAACCUAAACUCUCCAUACAAAGCGCUCAGCCAAAAACACCAGCCAAAGGGUAAAGAUGAGGAGUUCAGUAACGUGUGGCAGUCUCUACAGAGCCCCGGAAUGCCCCAGAAACCCCCCGCUCACUGGCAACAAAACAAUUCGUGUAAAUCUGCCUGGGGUACAGGGUCUCCCAGACAGGAAGGACAGAUCCAGCGGCAACCAGGCAGUAACCAACCACAGAAUCAGCAACAUCCAAAACCUGGUCCAGCGGGAAGUAUCAGACUGCUGAAAAGAAAUGAAGAUGCCAACUCUCUCUUUCCUGCUCAGAGUGCCGCAAAGAAGACGGAAUUUGAGGAGUUAAUUGCCAACCUGAAGAUCUCCAAGGGCAAUGAGACAACUCUACCCCCUCCAGCCAAGAACCCUACGCGCCCAUCAGAGGAACCCCUGUCUCCGCAGUCAUUUGCUAUGAAGGGGACUCUAGCCCUGAAGGAGAUGCUGAACAUUGGCUCUGCCCCUGAUUCUUCUAAUCCUGCCUCCUGCAGCACACAGCCACAGAGCCGGAGACGACCCACCAAGAAGCUAGAGGAGAGGAUGGGGGACUCUGUGUUACCCAUGACCCCAGCGGUGGCAGCAGUAGUUCCUCCCCUGUCGUCAUCCCAGCCCCCCUCCAUGGUCCCCAGUGUGGCCACAGAGCUGACGAGGAUCUGCGUGGGCCUGGGUCUGGCCCCACCCGACUUCACCUUCAUACGCAGCAGACAGGGUCUGAUGUUAUGUCAAGUCAAGCUGUCCACCGGUCUCUUGGUCCAUGGUCCACAGUGUCAGUCUGAGAAUGAAGCCAAAGAGAAGGCUGCCCUCUUCACACUGCAGCGCCUUGUGAGUGUGAAUUCAGUGGGGUCUGGAUUCUCCCUGACUCCGCCUCUGUUCUCCGGGGUUGGCCAGAUAAGAGGCCCCAUGGGAACCAUCCCUAGCGUAUUCAGCCAAUCCGGUGGUCUUCUGAGGCCACCGCAGGGUUACGGCCCCCUACCCUGGGGCAUGCCCCUCCCGGUUCCACAGGGGCAGCCUUUCUAUGGGGGAACCUUCCCAGGUGCCCGGCCUCAGGCACCCUCUGUAGCCAUCGGAUCACACAACCAGUUUGUCCCCCUUCAGGUGACAAAGAAGCGUGUGUCGUCGGGGAGGAAGCCCCAGGAGUUCUACAGUGCUGCUCACACGACAAAGACCCAAGCCUCGAGCAACGAGACCCUAUCUCGCUCACAACCUUCCCUAUUCCCGGCCUCGUCCGCACCCCCCGUGACCUCUUCCACGCCCCCAAAGGCUGCCCAGAACCCCCCCGAGAAGGCGGGGACCCCCUCCACACCCAAGACGCCACGGCAAAACCCCUCGGGCCAUGGCCACACUCCCAGCUCUGCCUCCAAGAGGAAACACAGGAAAUUGGCGGUGAACUUCGAGGCUGCCAAAGUCCAAGAAUGAUUUUCCACUCCAUUUAGGAGUUGUUUGUUUAAUGUGGUAUGAUGAUGGCCUGAUUCCACAAUUUAACCAUAAACUCUACAUAGUGCACUGCUUUUAACAGGAGCAACAUGCACUCGCCCCCCUUUGUGGCUGUGCCCGGUAGUUGCACACUUGACGAAUAAUAGGGUUCAGUUUGUUUGACAUUUGAGACAGAUUUUCAUAAUCUGUGGGAGAAAUUGCCCCCCCACCUGCCCCGACGCAAUAAUCACUGAUGAGUCAGAACAAUGUCUGUGGUUUUUGUUUGUUUCAUGUUGUUUUGAAGACAAUUCUUUUCCCCCUGCCAGAACCUGUGGUAGAUUGUCUUUGUUGUUCCGUUUCUGAUUGGAACCAGUAAUCAAGGGAUUAAUCUCUUAAUUGUUACCUUUGUUUCUAUUAAAACACUGAAUGCAAACCGCUAGCUUUUUUUCUCCAGUCAACGUAUGUUGACAGGAUUUAGUUACAUUUUAUAGUUUCUAAUUACUGAAAAUUUUUAUAUCAAUUGGACAUACUAUUCCAUGUCAAGCAACAUUAUGGGCCCAAAACCGCAUAAAGAAUUUAGACACACCUCACUAUAAUAAUAAAAAAAAUCAGAAUAACAUAACAGUACAAUUUCUUCCCGGUCAAGAAUUACGGUUUUGUUUUUAAUAAAAAAAAUCCCACCAGAUUUCAAUCUAUGGAUUUUAAUCCCUGGCAACCUUUUAAACAUACAUGUGUAAAUGUUUCUUUAUCAUUUUUAUUAUUGCAGUACCCUUCAUUUAACUUACAACCCACAUGUACAUUGUCUUACAUUUUUAGACCAUAUUUGUUUUUUGGAUUUGUUCCCCCUACCACUUUAAACAUAGCACAAUUUACUUGAUUCUUUCUCUCCAUGGGUUUUUUAAAUGUUGGAACCGAAGCACACCUGCUGUUAUGUCCUAUAUAUUUUUUUUCUUAUUGUUUGUUUAUUUUUUAAUAUACCAAAAUAAAUUAUGGAUAUAUGACUUGCUUUUUCCAUGCAGGAGUGUGCUGUAUAUAUCCAUUGAAUAAAGAAAUAAUUUGUUAAAAUGA